AUGUUCCAGGAAAAGGGCCAGUUAAAGUUCGAGGACAAAUGGGUCCACAUGCGUCCCAUAGUUUUGAAACUUUUGAAACAAGAACCAGUGUCUCCGGCUGAAUGGCAAGAAUUGUUCUACGAUGUCCAUUUGGUGUGUUUGUGGGACGAAAAGGGCCCCGGGAAAUUGAGGGAUCACCUUCACGAGGAUAUAGUACAAUUUAUUAAACAGGCACAGAAUAGGGUGUUGGCUCAGAGGCAAGAAGAGGCUUUGUUGAAGGCUUAUAUUGCUGAAUGGAGGAAGUUUUUUACUCAGUGUAAUUAUUUACCGACACCUUUUAGGCAGCUAGAAAGUAGCCUGCAAGGUAAAACCACAUCAGCGGGAACAAGUAUGCAAAGCAAUAAUAACAAAAAAGGCGCCUCGGACGAGAGUAUAGUAAGAAAACUAAUGUUAGACAGUUGGAACGAAAGUAUAUUUAGUGAUAUAAAACACAGAUUACAAGAAAGUGCUAUGAAAUUGGUGCAUGCUGAAAGAAAUGGGGAGGCUUUCGACUCACAACUGGUCAUAGGUGUUAGGGAAUCGUAUGUAAACCUCUGUUCAAACUCUGAAGAUAGAUUAGAGAUUUACAGAGAAAACUUCGAAGCAGCCUACAUCCAAAGUACGGAAAUGUUCUAUCGGAUGAAAGCUCCCGAACAUUUAGCCAACAAUGGAGUUCUAGCUUACAUGCGAUACGCUGACGCAAAAUUGCGCGAAGAAGAAGCCAGGGCUCAGAGAUAUUUAGAAGCAGGCAGCAAUGGAGUGAUCCAAUGUUGCGUUAAAGUGUUAGUAGGUAAUCCGUUGUCGGUAUUGUUAGCAGAAUGCGCUGCGCUCAUUAAAGACGGAGAAACUGAAAGACUGCAAUUGAUGUUUAGGUUAUUAGAAAGAGUACCCGAAGGUGUACAGCCGAUGCUUAAAGAAUUGGAAAAUCAUAUUACUCAGGCGGGCUUGGCUGAUAUGAUUGCGGCAGCUGAUAUAAUAACGCAAGAUUCUGAAAAAUAUGUCGAAAGAUUAUUGGAGUUGUUUAGGAAAUUUAGUAAAUUAGUCCAUGACGCCUUUUCAGACGAUCCAAGGUUUUUAACGGCCAGAGAUAAGGCGUUUAAGUCUGUGGUCAAUGACACAACUGUGUUUAGGUUAGAAUUAGGUACGGGUAGAAGUAUAGCGGGAAAAGUGGUUACACCGGAGAGUAAAUGCCCAGAAUUAUUGGCCAAUUUCUGUGAUAUGUUACUUAGGCGGACGCCGUUAUCCAAAAGACUUACCAGUGAAGAAAUCGAAUCGAGAUUAAGAGAUGUAUUGCUAGUCCUUAAAUAUGUAUCAAAUAAAGAUGUUUUUAUGAGGUAUCAUAAGGCACAUUUAACAAGAAGGCUAAUAUUAGACGCUAGUGCCGACAGUGAAAAGGAAGAGGAUAUGGUUGAAUGGUUAAGAGAAGUUGGCAUGCCUGCAGAUUAUGUUAAUAAAUUAGCCAGAAUGUUCCAAGACAUAAAAGUAAGCGAAGAUUUGAAUGCCCAAUUCAGAACUUCAACUGAACGUCAUGAUGCUAUAAAUAUUAAAAUUUUAAAUGCUGGUGCAUGGGCGAGAGGAUCUGAAAGAGUGACAGUCAGUUUACCAGUGGAACUUGAAGAUUAUAUUCCAGAAGUAGAAGAUUUCUAUAAGAAAAAACAUUCCGGGAGAAAAUUGCAAUGGUACCAUCAUAUGAGCAAUGGAACGAUAACAUUUUCCACUAAUAGCGGCAAGUUCGAUUUGGAUGUUACCACUUUUCAAAUGGCCGUGCUGUUUGCGUGGAACCAAAGAACACACGAUAAAAUCACCUAUGAAAAUCUCAGGUUAGCCACAGAGUUACCAGAUGGAGAAUUGAGAAGGACUUUAUGGUCGCUAGUAGCUUUUCCCAAAUUAAAAAGGCAACUUUUACUGUUUUGCGGUAUAGCGAGUGCCCCAAAAGAUUUCGAUGAACACACAGUGUUUUGGGUCAAUCAAGAAUUCGCCCUAAUCAAAAACGGAAAAACACAAAAAAGAGGGAAAGUUAAUCUGGUUGGUAGACUGCAAUUGAGUACAGAAAGGUCCCAAAUCGAAGACAACCAGUCUAUCGUCCAAUUGAGAAUAUUACGAACGCAGGAAGCGAUAAUAAAAAUCUUGAAAAUGCGCAAACGGAUAUCAAACGCCGCUUUACAAACAGAACUUGUGGAUAUUUUGAAAAAUAUGUUUUUACCCUCGAAGAAAAUGAUCAAGGAACAACUAGAGUGGCUCAUUGAAAACAAAUAUAUGCGUCGCGACGAGGACGACAUCAACACUUUUAUUUAUAUGGCGUAG